AUGAAAUCUCGGACUUUAGCUCGUUUGUUGAUCGUUGUGAUCCUUUGGAUGAUCAUUCUCCUCUUUUUAAAUAUGUUGAAUCAUAUCGAUGUACGAGCACAAGAAUUUUAUGAUCCAACCGUUGGACCAAGCUAUGAAAAACCUCACUUUCAAAGUGCGGAAAAAGCAACAAAGAAUUUGACUCAAGGAUUAAAUUUUCAUUUGAAGAGCUCGGAUCCGAAAUUAUUAAUUGAUGAUUUCACUCAUCACUCACUCGAUGUGGCUUUAUAUAUUGUGUUGGGUGGAGUUGCUGUCUUUUUUGGAGUACUUUCAAUCUCCUUCAAAAAAGAUGGAAAUAUUUUGGUAGCGUUCUGUGUGGCACAACUUAUUGCGAUCAAUGUUGUUAUUUUGGUAUUCUUUGGAUUCUCUGUGAGAAGUGAAAUUAUUGAAUUUUCUUUGGAACAACGAGUAAAGUGCAGAGAAACGCAGAUGCAAUUUAAUGAACAGUGUCAAAUGCAAAACUCUCUUUCUCUCACUGAUUAUAUAUCAGGAAGUGCAAUUUUAAAGGAAGGAGAAAAAAUUAGUUCUACUUGUUCCAAACUCAUUUCAAGUUAUCUUUAUUGCGAUACUUCGAAACACUUUACAAAUUAUUUCCAGGUCCUCAACAGAGUGAUGGGAAGAAGUGCUGCCGAGGUGACCAAUGCAUUCUUUGGAAAUUUGACUUUUUCAUCUUUGGCUUAUCUGAUCCUUUUUGCCAAUAUUAUUUUUGCUUAUGUGUUGCUUGCCAUUUACUUGUUUGGUAAAGUCAUUGCUGCAAAUUUGGAUAAAUAUCUCUCAGCAAAGGAGCAGGUUCGUAAGGAAUCAGUUCAAGAGCAUAGGCGAAUUCAUUACCAAAAUGGAGUAGAUAAACCAGAGACUAUGGGACAAAGCUUUGAUGAUUCACAAUCCACUGCAAAUGCAGAAAAAGAUGGUGAAGAUGAAUAA